GCUAUCAAUUCGGUAGGUAUUCGGUUUUCGGAAAUUGAAUUUGGUUUGAUAUAAUUUGAUUUUGUUUAUUUAUAAUGGCAGAUCCUCGUAUCAGACAAAUAAAAAUCAAAUCAGGUGUUCUGAAACGCAUCACAAAAGAAAAAAUUGUUUGUGACAAGGAAGUGGAUCAACAAAACAAGAGGAUACAGAAAUGUAAAGACGAAGGUCAAGACGAGCACAAUAUUCGGAAGCAAGAGGAGGUUCUGCAGGAGUGCCUUAUGAUGAUCCCUGACUGUAAAAGACGACUUGUUAAAGCAUAUAGUGACUUGAAAGUAACACUUGAAACAGAACAAGAUCUAAAAGAAAAUGAAGACUACAUUACAGCAAUAGAAAUUCUCAAAGAAGCUGAAAAUCAACUCCCUGAGUUAGCUUAGUCUAUAGUGUU